GUGCUCCUCCUGUCCUUCUCGCCGAGCGUGCUUCCUGCUGUAGGGACAGCCGAGCCAUGGCAGCCCUGCUGAGACCCGCUCGCUGGCUCCUCCGUGCCAGGGCGGCCAAGAGCCUUCCGCUAUCCCUGCGACUCCUCGCGGGUGGCCCGGGCCGGCCGCACGCCGCCUUCUGUCUGCCCACCGGUCGCGCCCGGCCUGUCGCCGGAGGGCUACAGAGCCAAGUCAGGCUAUAUACUAUUGCUGCUGAGAAAAAGAACUAUCUUCAGGAGGAGCCUGCUUCUUCUCAUAAAAGGAAUGCCAGUCAGUUUGAUUGGGCUCUAAUGAGGCUAGAUAAUUCUGUCCGAAGAACUGGUCGCAUCCCUAAGACUCUUCUACAAAAAGUCUUUGAUAACACGUGCCACUCAGGUAGCCCAGGUAGUAAUCAAGCCUUGCUUCUGCUGCGCAGCUGUGGUUCUCUCUUGCCUGAACUAAAGCUAUCAGAGAGAAUGGAAUUUGCUCACAGGAUAUGGGAUGAACUUCAGAAAUUGGGUACUGUGUAUGAUAUAAGUCACUAUAAUGCAUUGCUUAAAGUCUACCUUCAAAAUGAGUAUAAAUUUUCACCAACUGACUUCUUGGCAAAAAUGGAGAAAGCGAACAUUCAACCAAAUCGAGUGACAUACCAAAGGUUGAUUGCUGCUUAUUGUAAUGAGGGAGAUAUUGAAGGUGCCAGCAAGAUACUUGGAUUUAUGAAAACUAAGGAUCUUCCCAUCACAGAGGCAGUAUUCAGUGCCCUUGUUACCGGGCACGCAAGAGCUGGAGAUAUGGAGAAUGCAGAAAAUAUUCUCACAGUGAUGAAAGAGGCCGGAAUUGAGCCUGGUCCAGAUACAUACCUAGCACUAUUGAAUGCCUAUGCCGAGAAGGGUGACAUUGACCAUGUUAAGCAGACCCUGGAGAAGGUGGAGAAGUCUGAUCAUUUCCUUAUGGACCGUGAUUUAUUGCAAAUUAUCUUCAGCUUCAGUAAAGCUGGAUAUCCUCAAUAUGUCUCAGAAAUUUUGGAAAAAAUUACAUAUGAGAGAAGAUAUAUUCCAGAUACAAUGAACCUCAUUUUGCUUUUAGUCACUGAAAAAUUGGAAGAUACAGCCUUGCAGAUUUUAUUAGCAUGUCCUGUAUCAAGGGAGGACAGUUUGAGUGACUUUGGCAGUUUCUUUUUACGACACUGUGUGACUAUGAAUACGCCUACAGAGAAGCUUAAAGACUACUGUAAGAAGUUAAAGGAAGCCCGGUUGCACAGAUCUCCUUUCCAGUUCACACUCCAGUGUGCUUUACUAGCCAAUAAAAUCGAUUUGGCAAAGUCUCUAAUGAAGGCUCUAAAGGAAGAAGGUUUUCCUAUCAGAACUCACUAUUUUUGGCCAUUGUUAGUUGGAUAUCAGAAGGAGAAAAAUGUUCAAGGUAUAGUUGAAAUCCUCAAAGGAAUGCAUGAAUUAGGAGUAACUCCUGAUCAGGAGACAUACAUAAAUUAUGUGUUUCCAUGCUUUGAUAGUAUAAAGUCAGUUCGUGCUGUUCUGCAGGAACAUGGAUGCCUACAUGAAAAUACUGUAUUUUCUCAAGCUGAAUUGAGAAGUGAAGCAGUAAAUGGGAACUUAGACUAUAUUUUAUCCUUCUUGGAAUCAAAUACAUUGCCUCUUUCAUUUACAUCAUUGAGAGGCAGCCUCAUUCUGGGCUUUAGAAGGUCUAUGGAUAUAAAUCUUUGGAGCAAGAUAACAGAACUGUUGUACAAGGAUGGACGUUAUUGCCAGGAGCCUCCAGGACCAACGGAAGCUGUUGGCUAUUUUCUUUAUAACUUGAUUGACAGCAUGAGUGACUCAGAGGUACAGGCCAAGGAGGAGCGUUUGAGACAAUACUUCCAUCAGCUGAAGGAGAUGAAUGUAAAAAUUCCUGAAAAUAUCUACAAAGGGAUUCGUAAUCUGCUGGAUAGCUACCAUGUUCCUGAAUUGAUUAAGGAUGUUAAUAAGUUGGUUGAAAGAGAGAAGACAGAUCCUCAAAAAACUGCGCAACUUACAUUAUCUGAUUUGGAGUCUAAACUUGAAAAACUAAAAUCUGAAAAUCAACCCAUAGGAGAUGUCCUAAAGCACCUCAUAUUAAUCCUUUGUUCUGAAGAGAACAUGGAAAAGGCUCUUGAAUUGAAAGCAAAAUAUGAAUCAGAUAUGGUUGUCGGUGGCUAUGCAGCUUUAAUAAAUUUGUGCUGUCGACAUGAUAAUGCAGAAGAUGCACUGAACCUGAAGCGAGAAUUUGACCGUUUAGAUUCAUCUGCUGUCCUUGACACCGGCAAGUAUUUAGGACUUGUAAAAGUAUUGGGGAAACAUGGCAAGCUCCAAGAUGCUAUUAACAUUCUAAAGGAGAUGAAAGAGAAGGAUGUUCUUAUCAAAGAUGCAACAGUCCUGUCCUUUUUCCACAUCCUAAAUGGCGCGGCUUUAAGAGGUGAAACUGAAACAGUAAAACAGUUGCACGAAGCCAUCGUGACUCUGGGGUUAGCGAAACCAUCCUCCAGCUUAAGUUCCCCAUUGGUCACCCUGUAUCUGGAAAAGGAUGACUUACCUACUGCUCUUGAAGUCACCAUUGACUGCUAUGAAAAGUAUAAAGUACUGCCACGGAUUCAUGAUGUGUUAUGUAGACUGAUAGAGAAAGGCAAGACUGAACUAAUUCAGAAAGCAAUGGACUUUGUGAGCCAAGAACAAGGUGAAAUGACGAUGCUCUAUGAUCUCUUCUUUGCCUUCCUACAAACAGGAAAUUACAAAGAGGCCAAGAAGAUCAUCGAGACUCCAGGCAUUAGGGCUCGACCUACAAGACUUCAGUGGUUUUGUGAUAGAUGUAUUGCAAGCAACCAGGUUGAAACUCUAGAAAAAUUAGUGGAGCUGACACAGAAGCUGUUUGAAUGUGAUAGAGACCAGCUGUACUACAAUCUACUAAAACUAUAUAAAGUAAAUGGUGACUGGCAAAGAGCUGAUGCUGUGUGGAAUAAAAUGCAAGAAGAAAAUAUUAUUCCUCGUGGGAAGACAUUAAGGUUAUUGGCAGAAAUCCUCAGAAACAGUAAUCAAGAGGUUCCAUUUGAUGUACCUGAGUUGUGGUACGAGGAUGAACAGCAUUCCCAGAUUUCAUCUGCCUCGCCUGAACAAGGUAACCUCCAGAAAGAGCUAUUGAAGGCCUGCCGCAAGAGGAAAAACAGAGACGCAUUUAAUAUUUUCCUGAAAGCAAAAAGGCAAAACAUUGUAUUUGACGACGAAACUUACAACACUCUGAUACACUUUCUGUUGAGUAAGGAUAAUUCUGUAGAAGCAAUGCAAGUGAAAGAUUUCGCUGAGACCCACAUCAAGGGCUUCACACUGAACGAUGCUGCCAACAGCCUCCUCAUCAUAACGCAAGUUAGGCGGGAUUAUUUGAAAGAUGCUCUGACAACGCUAAAAACAGCCUUGGAUCUGGAGCAGAUACCUUCUAGGAUAGCAGUGACUCGCCUUAUUCAGGCUUAUGCCAUGAAGGGUGAUACAGAAAGCAUUCGAGCCAUUCAGAAGUUGGUAAAUGGACUCGAAGAUUCAAUUGGACUCUCCCGUAUGGUUUUCAUCAAUAACAUUGCUUUGGCCCAAAUAAAGAACAAUGACAUAGAUGUUGCAGUAGAAAACAUUGAAAAUAUGCUUACUUCAGAGAAUCCAACCAUGGAACCUCAGUACUUUGGCUUGGCAUACUUAUUUCGAAAAGUCAUAGAGGAGCAGUUGGAACCAGCACUCGAAAAGAUAAGCAUCAUGGCAGAGAGAUUGGCCAAUCAGUUUGCAGUUUACAAACCUGUCACCGAUCUUUUCCUUCAACUUGUGGAUUCAGGCAAGGUGGAUGACGCCAGAGCUCUCCUGCAGAGAUGUGGAGCAAUUGCUGAACAAAUCCCAAUUUUCUUGGUGUUCUGUAUUAGGAAUUCUCAGAGAUCGGGAAAGGCGUCAACUAUGAAGUCUUUGUUGGAACUGAUUCCUGAAUUAAUUGACAAGGAAGAAGCUUAUACUUCCAUCAUGAAAAGCUAUGUCUUAGACAAAGAUGUCACGUCUGCUAAAGAGCUGUAUGAAAAUUUGACUGCAAAGGAUACAAAAUUGAAUGAUCUGUUUCUAAAGCGUUAUGCAGUUUUGCUGAAGAAUGCUGGAGAGUCUGUCCCUUUCACUGAACCCCCUGAAAGCUUUGAAUUUUAUGCAAAGCAGCUAAAGGAGUCAAAGGAAAACCCUUUGUGAAACAAGCCAGCACUGCUUUGUUUUGUGUGUAUUUGUGAUUCUGUGUCUAAAAUGUUAUUUUUUAAACGUAUUUGAGAGGACAUAAUAAACAAAUGAAAAGUUACUUUGUUUAUGUACUUUUAUUUAUUCAUAAUAUAUGGUAUGUUCAACAUCUUAUUGACAAUUACUAAGUGACCAGACUCUUUGGAGUUUUGUCUACGGUGUAAAACUAUGGCAUUCUUGGAGGCUUCUGGUGGACGAAGCCAUAGUUUUCAGGAUUCUUUUCCCAGUGACUUUUUAGAUCCCUUGCUCUAUUUCAUGUAUUAUUUUCAUAAAAAGGUUGUUCCUUUAGUUAAGGCUUGCUUGUCCACAUUGUUCAUCUAAAAAUUUUUAGAGCCAGACAAAAUGAUGCCCAGUGAGAUAUCUGAUGCUUAAAAUCGAUGAAAUUACAAUCCUUUACUUGUUUAAAGCCCUGUGUACUUUCCUAAUUUUGUAAAAAUGUUGGUGCCAGGAGGCAUCCCACGAGUCAUCAUCAAUCCAGACCGUCAUUUCCCGGUGAGAAGCUGAGACGCAAAGAGACUUGUCCUUGAUCAGGGCCCUCCCUCUGGACCUUUUUCCACCACGUCGGCUCCCACGAACCUCUGUUCACGGAAGUCUCCAGAGCUGCAUCUGAGUCAUGAAUUUGAUCGUGAAGCAAAGCAAUGCAUUUCCUUCAUCCUGGUUUCAGGUCUUCAUCAGCACAAGCUGCAUCCUCCACUGGGCUUGUUACCUCAUUCUCACAUCCAGUCAGUAUGUGAAUAAGCACAUGAAGGUGUGAAAUCUUGGUGUUCAUUCAGUUUUAUCAAAGUUAUUCUAAAUUGGCCUAUAUGCCUCUUAACAUCUACACUGUAGAUAGUUACUAAAAGAAUUGAAGAUGGGUAGUCAAGACAGUUUACCACCUUAAUAUGUAAUGUUGACCUAUUUGGGGGUUAUAUUAUUAAUUACUUUAUAAGUUGAAAAUGCUUUAUUUAACGUUUGCCACAUUUUGGUGUGUGUCCUUGUUCAUUUGAAAUUGGUGAUGAGCUACUGUUUUGGUCCCCACCAUUUACAUGAAGGGAGACUUUGCCUUGGUGGGAGUUAGCCAUCCUCACCAUGUUUAUGCUGCUAACCUGUGUCUUAUGGGACCUGCCAUCCUGCAUCUUGAGCCUGCAGAUGGCAUGAGUGGGAGGACUCAUGGAGGGAAACCAAGAAAUAGAUGUCAUCGUGGCAUUAGCCGUGCUUUUCUUCAUCGCUGUUUUGUAGCGUUAGACCUAAGGCAUCAGGUUUGGCCAAUGCCUAGAGGACCAGCCUAGAGGACCUCAUACAGGUUUGCCCACUUCUCAGUCGCAGACCUGCACAGGCUGUAGUUUUGAUACCACAUGUUUGCCAUAAGCCUCACUCCACUGACGAUUCCGCUGAAGCAGGCCUUGUAUUUUGUAGUCAUGCCAACCAUAUGGUAGUUGAGCUAAAUUUUAUUGACCGUCAUUGCAACAGGUCUCUUAAGAUGAGGCGCAGCCUUGGGGCAUAAUUUGAACUUCCUGGUCCUCUUUAAGAAAAGUAUAAUCUCGAGAGCUGUUUCUUGGGGUUACCUGAGAUGCUGUCUCCUGGGCUUAAGUCCUAAUUUCACCCCAAGUAAAAUUUAACUCUUAAAAAAAAAAAAGUACAAUCUCAAUUGCAUGACGUAUUACAAGCCAGCCUUGCUUUUGGACUCUAGUAAAAUGUGGGUCUCAUAUAGAAGAAACAGAUAUAGAUCCUUUGAUGAGCUUUCUCUAAUGCUUAGUGCUCUAUAAGAUAAUUCUAGCAUUCUGAACAGCAGGUUGGACCAUUGAAUAUAUGACCUGAAUUAAAUAACUAUCAAGUCAUAUCUGUAGCACUAUUGGCUUCCCCAUUUGAACGCAGAUAUUUAAAAUAGUCAUUAUAUGUUCUAGGUGGGCCAAUGAACAUUUUCUAAAUAAUAGCGAAGUUGAAAUAAACAAAUAUAGAGUUAACGCAAUAAUAGCACUCAGUGAUACCUUCUAGGCUCAAAUUAUAAGCAAACAGCUAAUUCUAAAAAGUAACUGUCAUUAUAAACUUUGGGAAAGUAUAGUGUUUUAUAUGUAACUGUAUGUUUGUGUAUUUGAACCUAAUGUAAUUUUAAUGUGAAAUGCUUUGAAUAAAUCCUAUUCCAGAAAG